UUAUUUUUUUUCCUCUUCUUUCUCCAUCUCUUCCAUCUCUUCGACUUCGCGAUAUUUCUCCCAACGGAGAGAAAUUUUGCUUCAUUUUUUAUCUUGUUGAUUGAUUAACAAAUCUCGAAUCAAACUACUGAUCAAACAAUCUUCAGUCGGAGGUGUUGAUUAAGCAAUCGACGAGAGAUUUGAGAGUCUUCUCUACCAAAGCUGAUGGUUCAUCAAUCUCCAUCUGAUGAUCAAACAAGAAGCCAACAGAACAAGGAUGGUGAGCGAAAUCAGCCUCUUGCUACUGGUCCUCAGAAGGAAGUCAAACCCCAGAGGAUAAUAUCACUAAAGGACUGCUCUACGAGUGAAGCUUCUCAGCUUUUGAGCCAACGAGGGGCAGCUGCAAUGCAGACCCAAACUGUGGAUCUAUCUGAGCGACCAAUCAUGUACUAUGGAGGAAGUGUUUGGGGUAAACUACCUCACCAGAUCCUGGCUGCAGCAAACAACACAUUGCCUCCUCAAAAGAUAUCGCCAACGGAUUACAUGACUGAAGUGUGCCGAGGAUUGCUGAUGCCAAAAUCGUCAAGUUCUAACAAUUGAAUGGUCCUUGUUCUGCUGAUGGAUCCCAUAUACACUAGUGAGAAUGGUGUUGGGUGUUUGUUGAGAUAAAGAAACUAUAGCUUCCCACACGACACAAAUAUUAUAAACUUUCUUAAUGAAACAGUGCUCUCUUUUUAAUUUA